AUGAGUAUCCAACCCCUUCGACCCGGGUGGUCUCCGGUGGCCUACUUCCCCCCGCACAAGACGAUCGGUGUCCACAUCGCGUCGUUGACCAACAUUUGGGUGGAGGAUCACCCGUUUGUCAUCCCAACCCAGGAGCUGGUCGAUGGCCUCCGUCCGUGGUUCACCCCCGAGGCCAAGAAUCUUCUUCUCCUUGCGGUCGACCAACAUGCCCUCCAAGGGGACGCCGAGAGCCUCGUGAUGAAAUGCUCCCCGAAAUGCAGCAACCGUAUCCGAAACUCAACCGAGCUCCAAGUCUACAAUACGCCAGGCGCAGGAGCGUUCCUCCGCCGUGGAAUCGAGGCCGGUUCAAUUCCAACAGACGGCAAGGGACUGCCCCUUCCAACAGACGGCAAGGGACUGCCGGUUCCCAAGAAGAAGCGCCACCGCAUGACGAAGAAGAAGAAACGCCCCGCGGCCCUGAAUGUUUCGGAGACCGAGGACAAGGUGGAACCCGAAGAUGAGGGCUUCUUGGGAGAUGCCGAGAGUGUGCCUUCCACCGCCGAGCCGGCGCAUACUUCGAUUUCCGAGGUGCAAGAGAAAGCAGACUCACCUCCACCGUUCGAACCGGAGGAGGAAGAGGCCACCACACCCAUCAACAGCCCCGUCGUCAAAGCCUGGUACGACCGCCCGGAGCAAUCGUGCUUCUGCAACACGUGUCUCGACCCACCGGAACGGUAUGCGCGAAUCGACGACAGCGACUUGGAGUAG